GCGGACGGACGGCGCAUGCGGCGCCUCGGCCGCCGCCAUUGUGGCCCCGCCCCGCCCCGCGGCGUCGCCCGCGGCCCCCCGUCGUCCUCGCGCCCCGCCCCGCGAUCACGUGCCCGCCCGCGCCCCGCCUCCCCGGCAGCGCGCGGCUCCUCGCGGGCCACCGUAGAGGGCAUCCGGAGGCCGCCGGGACGGAAGCCGAGAGGCGCUGCCGACCGCGCCUGCGACAGCGUCAGCCCUGCGCGGAGCGCCGGCCCGAUGGCGGCGGCGGCGAUGGCCGAGCAGGAGAGCGCCCGGAACGGCGCCCGCAACCGCGGCGGCGUCCAGCGCGUGGAAGGCAAGCUGCGGGCCAGCGUCGAGAAGGGCGACUACUACGAGGCGCACCAGAUGUACCGGACCCUCUUCUUCAGGUACAUGGCCCAGAGCAAGCACGCUGAGGCCCGCGAACUCAUGUGCUCCGGAGCCCUGCUGUUCUUCAGCCACGGCCAGCAAAACAGCGCCGCUGACCUGUCCAUGCUCGUCCUGGAGUCGCUGGAGAAGGCAGAGGUCGAGGUGGCCGACGAGCUGCUGGAAAGUCUGGCCAAGCUGUUCAGCCUGAUGGACCCCAACUCCCCGGAGCGAGUGGCGUUCGUGUCCCGAGCCCUCAAGUGGUCCAGCGGCGGGUCAGGGAAGCUGGGCCACCCCCGGCUCCACCAGCUGCUGGCCCUCACCCUGUGGAAAGAACAGAACUACUGCGAGUCGCGGUACCACUUCCUGCACUCGAGCGACGGCGAGGGCUGCGCCAACAUGCUGGUGGAGUACUCCACGGCCCGCGGCUUCCGCAGCGAGGUGGACAUGUUCGUGGCCCAGGCCGUCCUCCAGUUUCUCUGUUUAAAAAACAAAAGCAGCGCCUCAGUGGUGUUCACGACGUACACACAGAAGCACCCGUCCAUUGAGAGCGGGCCUCCUUUCGUGCAGCCCCUGCUCAACUUCAUCUGGUUUCUGCUGCUGGCCGUAGAUGGGGGGAAGCUCACAGUGUUCACCGUGCUGUGUGAGCAGUACCAGCCGUCCCUGCGCCGGGACCCCAUGUACAACGAGUACCUCGACAGGAUAGGACAGCUCUUCUUUGGCGUGCCGCCCAAGCAGACGUCAUCCUACGGAGGCUUGCUAGGGAACCUCCUGAGCAGCCUCAUGGGCUCCUCGGAGCAGGAGGGCGAGGACAGCCAGGACGACAGCAGCCCCAUCGAGCUCGACUGACGCCCGCGGAGCCGCAGACUCGGGGCCGGGGCGCGCGGGGGCCCGGGCCAGGCCGUGUACCUUGAUGACCCCAAUAAAGCGCAGGCCCUGCGGCGCCUCCUCCCGGCCCUCGUGUCUGGUUUGCUUUGGGAGGGCUCGGCGGGGCGGGGGGCCCAGCCACCGUGUCCUGGGGACAGCGGGGCGGCCGAGCGCCCGGCCACCAGAGUGGCUCUCGUCAGGAGGCUGCGGGACCCCCAGCUUCGUGGGGCGGCGUUACCAUCGGCCGGUGAUGGAGGCCGUGACCUGACGGCUCGGGUUUAUGCAGGUGAGCGGCCCGGGACGAGCAGGCCUGUGCCUCACCGACGCUGCACCAGAUGCCCGGGACGGUUACAAAAGGGGAAACACUUUAUUUUUUCACAAUUAUAAUAAGAGUUGUAGAUUAAUACCCGGUGAUCAUGCAUGGGAAGGAACGCAGUACACAAUUUUAUUUACUGUAAAAAUGGAAUUUAAAGGAAGGUUUGUGUUCAUUGUUGAGUUUAAAUAAAUCCUUUAUACUGGG